AUUAAGUUCACUUAAACAUGGGAAACAAGCCUGUGACUGUAAAGCAAGAAAGAGAGGAGAUACUCUUGAAAAUUGUGCCUCCAGUGGACCAGGCUUACAUUCGUUGGCUUGCCCGAGAUCUGGAGAUGAUUCAUGGCUUUAUUCCCAGAAAUUGUCGUGCAAUAAAACCACCGGAUCAUUAUAUCGAAUACAUGCGGUUAAAUGGAUGGUUAGAUGUGGACUUGGAUGAUCCUGAUCUAGCCCAUAUGUUUCAACGUAAAUAAUAUUUUUCAAGGGAGAAGUUAUUGCAUAGGAACUUAUUUUGAUGUCCGAAUGAAAGUAAUCAAAACUUAUUCUUGAACUUCUAAUGCAUUGCUUGAAAUGAUUGAAUCAGAGCCUAUUUGCUUUAUGUCUCAA